AUGAGUUUAUAUUUGACCUCACCCCCUCGGGGACCAAUUUGCGAUGUUUCUGAAGACCCUCACGGAGGUUAUGGCUGGCAGCCCAUUGGAGGUGGUGAGGAAGAUGAUGAAGACGAUGAUGAUGACGACGAUGAUGAUGAGGACGAAGACGAAGAUGAUGAAGAUGACGAUGAUGAUGACGACGAUGACGAUGAAGAGGAGGAGGAUGAUGGUGAGAUGUCAAAUGACAUUUAA